UGCUGCCUGCGCCGGGAGGGGGAGCAGGGAGGCGCGGCGACGCGGGUUAGUGCGGGGUCAGUUCGCCCCUCCCUGCCUCCCGCCCCUCGGGACCGCUCCCGCCCGCUACCGCGCGCGGCCUGGGUCGGGACUAGACCCUGGGCUACGGCAGGCUUUGGGGUGCCGGGAUCCUCCUUUCAGAUCGAACCUUUGGAGGCGCAGCCACUCUCGGCGGCGUGGGAAGGGAGCCAGAGAUGGGUGGGUGGGGUGGCGGGGCGGGGACAAGGGCGUGCGGCCCAGUCUCGUCGGUAGAGGCCGGUGCGUUGCUCAGGUGCGCAGGUCGGUCCCCUACCCCGGGGGACCAAGCACUGGAAUUAACCACAUCAGCCGCUCUAGUGUCCGGGUCCGAGUCGCUUACCAUAGGUGGCAGGCUCGGCCCAGGGCCCAAGGGUGGGCCCCAAGAGUGGGCCUCCCCACCAGGGAUCUUGGGGAACUGCGCCCAGAAAGUGGUCCUUGCUGGGGGCGGGUUAGGGAGGCCCCUGAACUUUCCAAGGGAACUUCGAGAAGUUUCUAUAUUGGCGCCUUCGGUGUGCGGAGAUCCUUGGUUUCGCUCCCCGGUUCCUGAUUCCUGGCUCCCAGGUCCCUGUGCCAAGAAUCCUCCCAUGGCCGGGGAUACAGGGCGGGGACUGGACUUGUGGUUUUAUGGUGGGACAUUCCCUAAAAUCAAACCUCAACUGUGGGUAGCCAUGGACCCACCGUCACGGAGCCGGGCGUGCGGCCGGGAGCGCCAGCGGCUUCAGGCCAAGCGCUUUAGGCCGCGCCGGGACCCACGAGCUACGCGGACGGUCGGUUGGCAACGGCUCCGCUGUGCAGUGACCACUCCCGGCUCGGAGGCGGAAGCCGGCCUCCCUGCACUGAUCGAUCUAGGGUAGACUCUACUGCAGUGGAGGACUCGAAGGGUCCCGGUCCAGGCUGUCUCUGGUCAUCACCGUAGCUCGCCCGGAAUGAAAAGACUCUCGGUUCAGGCACGGACACCCAGUUUUGGCCCCACCCCCUCCUCCCGCCUCUGUCUAGCUUGGCUAGCGUCCGCGGCGCCGGUGGGUGUGCACGCUGUGAAAACUGGGAGGAAAGACAAGGCAAGGUUUGGGGACCACUAGAUUUAAGGUUCGGUGAGGGAAUUUGGGGUCUUCCCGCUUUGAGUCUUAGUUGCCCCCGCGCGCCCCUGCCUGGUCUCAAGAGUUGGCCUUGGCUGAAGCUUCAUGCGGGAGGAGACAUUAGGGGCCGCUCUCCCUGGCGCCUGAUUUCGUUUCCGGUUAAACCUUUCCAAGGGCAUCCUAGGGAAUCUUGGGCUCACCUGCUCGCGAAAGAUCUUGCGAUUGCAAAAUUGAGGACAAUAUUUCCCGGAUGUUUCCUAGAUGUCGACUUAGAGCCCUGACAGCCCUCAAGUCCUAGAGUUGGCACAAAGAGGUGGCACCGGACUGGCGGGGGUGGGGGAUAGGAAUGCGGAGAGCGAGAGUGCACGGAGGGGGCACCGGGGCUGCGCUGUGCCCGGCGGAGUGCCCGUGUUUAACUCGGCUGCUGCAGAAGGAACUAUGAGCCUUGUGAAUGCCCCUUCCGCAUCAGCCGGCGCUGCGUAGAACUGCGGGCAGCCGCAGAGAGCGCCCGGGACGGCGACGUUCUCAGAACCCUGUCAGGCCGGCCGGGGGGCGCACUGCCCAGAGGGUGAACCUCCAGACCCAAAUGCUCACCGAAGAGCCUCGCUUAAUUAGAUCCCUCCUGGCAUGCCGGGCCCCUAGCAGAAGCGGCCUCAGGGCUACCUUACUUUCCAGCGGGGAACAGCCCUGGCCUGGUCUGGAGACCCGCUGUUGGCUACUACGGGACUCAGCUUCCCAGGCAGCCGAGCCCCGACGUGGCGCUGGGUCCCCCGACUCCACCCGUGCAGCGGAGGCCGGCUCGGGACAGAAUGGGUGGGUUGGCGGGCAGCGGAGCCUUUUCCAGGGCUUUUUCUUCCAAGAGUUUAGGUCAGAGUGACACAUUGGCAAGGCGAGGAAAAGCAGGUGCACGGAAAGUUGGUUUGGGAAAGACAUGCGCGCACGAACGCGCCGAACGCAAAAGCUUCUUGUCAUCCUGCCUUCUUCGAACCUCCCCAGCGCACAAAGCGCUUUGGAUACUCGCUGCUGAUGCACUUUGAGCGCGGCCCAGGGCGCGGGAAACAGACAGGGUGCCCGCCGCGCGCCGGACGCGCGUUGGGAUCCGCUGCCCGACGUGCCCAGGGCCUGCGGUGCCCGCCAAGCUCCGGGGGCUGCGCCGCGCACUGCACACGGGCUCCGAGCCACCAGGCUCUCUUCCCGGCCCCUCCUUGCCCAGCCCCAAAGCGCGCGCGCGUCCCCGGCGUGGGGGGAGCCACGGUGGCUCGGGGUUCCCAGCCGAGGCCCAUCUUCCGUCCUUCGUUCCAGGCCCAACUCCCCGCGCGGCGGCGCGGGCCGGCGAUCCCUCCGCUUCCUGCAUCCGCCACGGCGCGCGCUCCCACCGCUCCCUCCCCCCGCGCUCGGGUUACAGCUGCGCAGGCUCCCGAGUGCGUGGCCUGGCGUCGGCUCCGGGAGCGCUCCGUGUUCGGCCGGGAAUCUGGACUGCGAGCAUCCCAGGAGGCGCGGGCCGGGGGCCUACCGCGCCGCCCCGGAACGUGCUGCCGCUGCCUGCUGAGCCGCCCCGGCCUCGGAGGCCUGCCCUGGAUGCGGAGACGCCCCCGGGAAACUUUAGGGGAAAACUUUGCCAACUUCGCUGUCGGAGCGGGAGAGGCUGCCCGCCUGAAUGGCCGCGGCGACCACGGGCUGCGACGCGCGGGGCGGGCCCCGGGCCUGGCCAGGGCGCCCGGGAGCGGACCCGUGAGGCCGGCCGGCGGGCACCGGGCUCUUCGCGCCUCGCCUCCGCACCGCCUGGACUCAGCCCGCUGCCCUGGGUCUCCGAGGGACUCCUUGGUGCGCAGCGCCCCGGGUAAUGGCCUGGAUCGAGAAACCUGGCUCUGGCCCCGAGUGAUUUUAUUUUUCUUUAGCUCUGCAGGAUCGGUCUUUCCCCACCUGACUUCGCUCCCCCGACUUCCUUUGUUUUUCCCUGUCGCUCGCACUUUCUGCCUCUUGGAUUUCUAGGUCAUCCCUUUCCCUCAUUCGUUCUGUUUUACACGUUCCCCUGGCUCGCUCGGCGGCGCCCCCCUCUCGUCUCCUCUCGCUCGGACACUGCCCCUCUCGCGGCCCGCUCUCGCUUUCCUUUCUUCCCUCGCUCGUUCUCAUCCUCAGCUUCCCCCACCCCGCCCCGCUCCGUCUGGCUUGCAGGUUCUCCUCCUCGGGCGUCUCCUCUCUUCGGGCCCCUCUCCGGCAUCCGUGCCUCCCCGGCGCCCCCUCCUCAUCCAUCUUGGGAGAGGAACAUGUCGCCUUAUUGGAUGUCCAGGCCAGAGCCCGGUGAUGCGGCCCGGCCAGCGCUGCGCAUUUUCUUCUUGCAUACUGAGGAGAUGGUAAUGAGCGCGUUUGCAUUGUUGCAUGGAAAUCCUGCGUUUCCUGCAGCAGCUCGGGAGUUGGGUGAGGGGGGUGUGCAGGCACAGUGGGCACCCGGCUGGCAGCCGCAGCUGACCCUCAACGGAUUCGCGGGCACUCGGGUCCUGGUUUGGGGGAGGAAGUGACCUGGUGGCCGAGGGCCCGGCCGGACCGCCGCCUCCUCGGGCUUCUCCACAAAGGCCAGCCGCGGUCCGCUCAUUAAAGCCUCGUUACGGGAACCCCCCGCCUGUCUGGCGAGCCCCUCGCCCGGUGUUCGGAGGCUGUGCUGGAGCGCCACCAGGAAAUGAGUGCCCGGCCACCCCGUCUAAUGGCAAUAAAUUGCGCGACCGAGUGACACGUAGCGGAAUCAAACAGAGCGGCAUUGUGUACCCCUGCGCUUGCUGAGGACGCGUGGGCACCUCUUGGCUAGGCAAGGUCACACGCAGGCCCUUCGGCAGUCCCCAGCCCGCGCCCUCUGCUCGGCCGCGGCCACUGCAGAGCCGACCUCAAGGCGCUGCGGAGGGGCGGUCCCUCCGUGGAGAGGUGGCUCGAGCCCGGGAGAAACGGCCCAGGCGCGCCUCCGCAGGUGUCAAGGUUGGUGAAAGUCUGGGAGCACCGGAGCUCUCCUUGAACCCGGAAGGAACCCUGGCUGGUAAGUCCGGGGCCUUGGAGCGCCCGUUCCAGACGCCCUGGCUCUGGGACCUCUGGACUUCAAAGGCCCGCACGAAUUGCCGGGUUCUCCGCCCUGCUCCAGACUUGGGAAGCCAAGAGCCCUUGGGUGCAGAAGCACAAAGUCAGGGUCUGGCCUUGUCUGAGAAGUUGUCGAGGGUCACCUUUCCUAAACGUCAAGAUUUUGGCCACUAACCUCUGCUUUGACUUAGCAUUUUCCCUUACAUUAACUCUUUUUUUUUUUAGAAACUCAAAUACAUACAUAAUACAUAUGUGGGGGGAAGAAAUUCUGGUACAACUACUGUAAAUUGAAAAGGAGCUGUUAUUUCCCAGAAAAGGAAGUUGUAGCAAAUAAACACAGCUAAAACCAAGCAUGGGAAGUUCAGGUGUGUGGGUGUGUCUCUAGCAAGUGUGGGAUGCUGGCAAGGCUGAGUCUUAGAAGAGAUGGGAAACGGAAACACGGAUGCACCUUGGUAUUCAUUGGUAAUUUAAUCCUCUGUCCUCACACUACCUAACAUCCUUCUGAGGACCCCACGCACCACGCUGGGUUAAGGUUUGUUGAUGCUGUUCUCCUGUCGGGUAUGUAAAAAAAAUUAAGGUAAAAAUCUAUUGACUUAUCAUUGUUCACUAAAUAAUUGUGUUGAGUGGUUUCUAAUAGUAUCACAUUCAAUCCUCAGUGCAGAAAAGCCCAUGAGAGCAUUUCAGGCAUGGAAAGCCAAGACACUGGCAAAAAAAUGUCCUACACGAAGGACCUCGGUGGGUGAGACCCCAGCAGAACAAAGUAGUCAUCAAAGAAGAAUGUACUUUUCUCUGAAGGGAGGAGAGAACUUCCACUCCGCUUAUGGCCUUAUCUAAAUAUUGAUGGAGAUUGUGAGUUCAAAAGGCUUCCGUAGCCUAGGCAGCUCAUGUCAAGAGCCUCAGGUGAUCAAUGACAUCAGACGUAAGAGUGUUAAUUGUUAAAUUAACAACAGGAGUCACUGUGCACUUACUUCCUGCAGGAACUCUGUCCUCAAUGAGUUAUGAGAAUUAACUGUAAAACUUGUUCUCAGUGUGUGUGUGUGUGUGUGCAAAUUGUUGAAAUCUUUACUUAGUAUAGAGUUGGUCUUCUAUCUAUAGUUCAUUGAAAAUUAAUCUUAAUGGAGA